AUGAGUUUUGUUACUGUUGUCAACAUCCAGGAGCAGGUGUUGAGACCUCAUCAGCUGCAUUCUAAGUUAUCCAGUUAUGAAGCCGACAUGAUUCUGGGUCAGUUGGUUUCAAUAUUAAGAAACUCGUAUUGUUAUGAUGAGAUGACUCUGAAAUAUGUGUGCAGGUUCCUAAGCCCUCAAGCAUACCAAUACUUGGUGAACGAAAGAAUAUUGAACCAAAGAUGCGGUUACCCACUUUGUGAUAAGUCUACAGCGGUGCAUUUGCAUAGGGACCCUUUUUGUAUGAUCAAUGUAAGGGCAUCGUAUGUUACUAAGUACUGCAGUGAGAUGCAUAUGAAGGCAUCGAGUUUCCUCUAUGCGCAACUGUCUUCGACACCAUUGUCAGAGAGAGAAGGAAUACACCUCAUUGCCAAUUUUAAUCGAGAAAAAUAUGAACAAGAUAGUGAAAAAUAUGAUCCCAUCAUCUUUGAAGAGUAUCUGCGAGAGAAAAGGACUCAGAACGAUGUGGAUGCAUUGAUUGCUAGCAUAGAAACGCUGGAUUUUUAA